AGCACGGAUGAUGAUAGAAGCCUCAGUGCCCAGGCAUGGCAGAGACCAUUGCCUUCCUGGGUGUGGCACGAAUCCAAGAUCAGGUGCUUCUAGCGACCUGCUAUGAAAAGAGUGUGUUGAAUGAAGAGAAGAAGAGCUACGAGACUGCUUUAGCCGCGGUGCUGGACCGGGCGAAAUCGGCGUAUCCCGGAUGGAGGGACCGGGUAAUGUGCCCAGAAAGUGAGGGCGUUCUUUACACUUUUGCUGAUUCACAGGCGUUGUGUCUCCUUGCAGUAGGCAUUCGGGACGCUCAGUACCCUGAACGAGUAGCUGUACAGCUUCUGCGCGAUGUAGCAGACAAGGUGAAGAACUCGCAGGGUGAUGAGGCGUUACUGGAAGCCAAAAGCGGAUCUUUGUCCAAGCCUUUGCGGAAAUUGCUGACCGAUCUCAUGAGGACGUACAACGACGCGGGAAGCCAAGACAAGACCACUGAGGUUAGAGAAAAGGUGGACCAGUUGAAGGGUAUCAUGCAGGACAAUGUGAAGAAGAUCCUGGAGACACAUGUGACUCUGGAAUCCUUGGAGAAUUCGAGUUCUUCGAUGAGUUCUCAAGCGAACAAGUUUUUGAAACAGUCCGUUGACUUGCGGAGACAGAUUCAGUUCCGCAACCUCAAGAUCAAAGCUUUGGUGGGUACAUGUGUGGCUGCAGUGAUCCUGUAUAUAGUUGUGCCAUUCAUCAACUGAGCUCGAUACCUGAGCUCGAUACCGCGGUGCUACGCUGCCAGCCCGUGAACAACGGUUCAACCUGUGGCGCGGCAGAUAGGCCAUGGCACGGCCAAUAGGGCAGGGCCUUUAAGGCAAAGAAAAAGGGCAAGAUCAUGUCUUGAACUUUGUGAAAAUCC